GCGGUCCUACAGGGCCCAGGCCUGUCAGUCUGCUAGCUCUGCAGAGGAAGAUGGCGUCUCGAAGAGAGAGGGUCUCUACGCUGCCCCGGCUCCAGCUGCUAUUGCUGUUGUUGCUGCCGCUGCUGCUUGUGCCCCAGCCCAUAGCAGGCCAUGGAGGCAAGUACUCGCGGGAGAAGAACGAGCCCGAGAUGGCCGCCAAGCGCGAGUCCGGGGAGGAGUUCCGCAUGGAGAAGCUGAACCAGCUAUGGGAAAAGGCCAAACGGCUUCACCUGUCUCCCGUGAAGCUGGCUGAGCUACAUUCUGACCUGAAGAUACAAGAAAGGGAUGAACUCAACUGGAAGAAGCUGAAGGUGGAAGGCUUGGAUGAGGAUGGGGAGAAAGAAGCGAAACUGGUCCACAACCUUAAUGUCAUCCUGGCCAGGUACGGACUGGAUGGGAGGAAGGACACCCAGAUGGCGCACAGCAACGCACUCAGUGAAGACACCCAGGAGGAGCUGGGGGACCCCAGGCUGGAAAAGCUGUGGCACAAGGCAAAGAUAUCAGGGAAAUUCUCCAGUGAAGAAUUGGACAAGCUGUGGAGGGAGUUUCUGCACUACAAAGAGAAGAUCCACGAGUACAACGUGCUGCUAGACACACUGAGCAGAGCUGAAGAGGGUUAUGAGAACCUCAUCAGUCCGUCGGACAUGACCCACAUCAAGAGAGACACCCUGGCCAGCAAGCACAGCGAGCUGAAGGACAGACUGCGCAGUAUCAACCAGGGCCUCGACCGCCUGAGGAAGGUCAGCCAUCAGGGCUAUGACUCCGCCACUGAGUUUGAAGAGCCCCGAGUGAUAGAUCUGUGGGACCUGGCUCAGUCUGCCAACUUCACCGAGAAGGAACUGGAGUCGUUCAGGGAGGAGCUCAAGCACUUCGAGGCCAAAAUCGAGAAGCACAACCACUACCAGAAGCAGCUGGAGAUCUCCCACCAGAAGCUGAAGCACGUGGAGAGCAUCGGCGACCCCGAGCACAUCAGCCGCAACAAGGAGAAGUACAUGCUGCUGGAGGAGAAGACCAAGGAACUGGGCUACAAGGUGAAGAAGCAUCUGCAGGACCUGUCUAGCAGGGUCUCAAGGGCUCGGCACAAUGAGCUCUGAAGCCAGAAGCCACCACCAGCAGCCUGGAGAGGCUCUUGAAGACACCGGGAGCUGUCAGCAUGUCAUCGGCUUGCAUGGACCUGCAGUGACAGUUUGUGGCUGACCACAGUGACAAGGAGGAUCCUUUGAAAUACCAAGCUGAUCCUGCAGUGCCUGGCAAGGACUUCUUUUCUUUCAAGCAAGGGUAGCUGUCACCACCCUGGUUGAGGGCCUUGGGUACAGCUAUCAGUGAGAUAUGACUGGCCUCCACACUGCAGCAAAACAGUUUACACUGAAAUUGCAGAAAUCUGCCACUGGAAAUGUUCUGUACAGAGUCCUUAAAUACAUGCCAGGGUUUGA